AUGAUACAGCCUGAUGGGACAGCUGGAAGCGCCUAUGAUCUGAACGUGUUCAUGACCGCUCCAGUUGGACACGGGCUCAUUGUCAAUGACUGGCGGGUUGUCGGACACGCUCCCGGUGCUGAAGACACGUUGACCUACAGGAUAAAUGAUAAUUCCUAUUCUUUGUUCCAAGCCGACACCUCGUCCUAUGCGACAAAACUGCCUCCAGCAUUGUCCGCCUCCGCACUAAACUCCUGA